UCAGAAUCCUUUUUGUUAUUUUCCACAGAGCAAAUUCGAUUAAAGAAUAUAAGAAAUGUAUAUGGAAGGUGCUUGUGGUAUCGCUUGCGACUUUUAAAACCACAACAAAACAUAAUUCCUACAGUAAAGAAAAUAAUCCUCCUUGCUGGAUGGGCAUUAUUUUUGUUUCUUGCAUACAAGGUUUCCAAAACGGACCGAGAGUAUCAAGAAUAUAACCCUUAUGAGGUUCUACAUUUGGAUCCUGGAGCAAGUAUAUCAGAAAUCAAGAAGCAGUACCGAGCAUUGUCACUAAAAUACCAUCCAGAUAAAGGAGGAGAUGAAGUUAUGUUCAUGAGGAUUGCUAAGGCAUAUGCGGCCUUGACUGAUGAAGAAUCACGAAAAAAUUGGGAAGAAUUUGGGAAUCCAGAUGGACCACAAGCUACAAGCUUUGGUAUAGCUUUGCCAGCUUGGAUUGUGGAUCAGAAAAAUUCAAUUUUGGUUUUGCUUGUGUACGGACUAGCAUUUAUGGUUAUUCUUCCUGUUGUUGUGGGUUCCUGGUGGUACCGAUCGAUACGAUAUAGUGGAGAUCAGAUUCUCAUUCGGACAACUCAAAUAUAUACAUACUUUGUCUAUAAAACACGGAAUAUGGACAUGAAACGGCUUAUCAUGGUUUUAGCAGGAGCAUCCGAAUUUGAUCCUCAGUACAAUAAAGAUGCUACGAGCAGACCAGCAGACAACGUUCAGAUACCACAGCUAAUCAGAGAAAUUGGUGGCAUAAAUUUAAAGAAGAAUGAACCUCCACUUACCUGCCCUUACAGCCUGAAAGCCAGAGUUCUAUUGUUGACUCAUCUUGCCAGGAUGAAAGUUCCUGACACCCUUGAAGAAGAUCAGCAGUUUAUCCUGAAAAAGAGUCCUGCACUACUUCAAGAAAUGAUUAAUGUGAUUUGCCAACUAAUAAUAAUGGCUCGAAGCCGUGAAGGUAGGGAAAGAAACUGUAUAAUUAAAGACAGUAAAUAUCAUUCUUCAUUGCAGAACUUCAAAAAGAGUCUGUGGUUUUUGUGGAAAACUUAAUCAGUGAUAUUUAGAAAUGCCUAAAUGCACUUUUUUUCCCCACUGUAAUGAAAGAGUUCUCUACUUUGAAGGCUGAAAUGCUUGUGUUUCUUUCAAUUCCUGCUCUGAAAUCUUGGGUAUCUGAGUUCUGCUUUUAGUUUUUACAAUUUUUGCAAAAGCUUCUCCUUGAAUGCUUUAAAAAAUCCUUUUCUUGAAGAUCAGAUCCAUUUUUUAGUAUCAAAGCACUUAGUAUAAGAUAUAUUGUAUUCAUCCAUCUUUAAAUUGCAUUCUUUUAUAGUUCUUUCUCUCCUGUAAUGUGCAUAACUUGUUUUUUGACUUGUUUAUUGCCGUCAUUUCUUUGUUCUUGUGUUGCUUGAAUUUCUUUGUUUCUCUUACUUAAGUUGUUUUGCCUUCUACGUAGACUUUUUUUCCUGAAUUUUUAAUGACAGGUUCUUUGCUAAAAUUAUUGUUAAAAAAAUAUAAUCAAAAUAUAUUACAUAAGCUUUUGUGUUUUUACUAUAAAAAGGGAAUUAUGCUGAAAAGGUUUAUUUGCAGAGUAAGGACUUACGUCUUUUUCCGUUAUCACAACAAAUGUAAGCAGGGCAUUUUUAAUGCUUAAUCUAUGACUAUUUCAUUGUCUAUCAAGCAGUACUAAUUAGCUGGUCUUUACUGGGCCAAAACUCAUUUAACAAAUGUUAACAGCCUCUUAACAAAGGCUUUCCAAGGGUUUGAGGAAAGAUCUUCCCCAGCACUGUUGCGAGCACUGUGGAAAUGGUGUUCUGUAAUCCAGUAAAGUGAGAGAGGAUGUGAACAGUAAAAUGCUGUUUUACUAUACCUAAAAAAAAAAAAAGUAAUUGAACAAGUGUAUUUCUAUUUUUUUAAUCUCUGUCUUUAACAUUCUCUGAGACUGCUGGAGACCAAACUUGAAACCUAGAAAGAAACAGUAGCUGUAUUUUUCAUUGUGUAACUUCUUGUAGCAUUUUAUUUACUGGUGAUUAUUAGAUGUUCAUAGGUAGUGGAUAUGUUUUUGAGAAGCUUCUUUGGACAAGCACCAUAACAAUGCUGCAGAAGUGCCUCCACUAUGGGUUUAACAUUGGAAAACCAACUGCAUGGACUUCAACAAGAGCAAGGAGACAAGGCAACUCUGGAUAUAUGUACAGA